UAUUAGUCUUUAGCCAUGGAAAGGAUACUUACACGUAGAAGACUGGAAGAUGUGAAGGCCUUGUUGUCUACUUUCCCAGACCAACGGCCGCCCGACCCUACUCUCCUCAACGAUGCUGGAUGCACGUGCGAUGACUGCGACCUGCCGCAUCACGUUUCCACUCACGACCAGGUGCGCCAUCUAGUGGAAGUAAGCCGAGGUUUUCUCGCUUCUCUUCCCAAGCCCGCUCUAGUCACUAUCGCAAGGUCUAGCCGGGAUGACUAUUGCCCGCCUGAAGAUGUGGACUUCAUUCAAGCCGAGAUCUUGAAGAUGCUGGAAGAAAUCUAUGGCGAACUCGACGUCCAUCAGGAUUACGACAUGGAUGCCUCCGAAGAGGAAGUCCCUCCGCUUGUUCGAAGAGUUUGUUCCUCCGAAGAGGAAGUUCCUACUCUCGUCGAUCCAGAAUCUAUGAAUCCUCAGAUCCACCCGCAAAAGCCAGAGAGCUCUUCAGGUCUUGAGAAUCAGCGAACGCCUGAAAUCCUUGAUGCACCAGAAGACUCUGGCGAUUCACUUGCAAAAUAAUUCUUUUCUAGAAUGCUCAACAACACAUGAUUUACAUGAACGAAUCGCUUACGCUUCAGCAGACUAAUGUAAUUUGCAAAGAUUUGCCAAACCUAAUUGUAUACGGAGUUAUUAAACUUCAAUGAUUCUUC